AUGCCUAUUUCUAAUACCACACUCUUGCUGCCUUCCAUCUUGACACUUCUGGGGAUACCAGGCCUCGAAUCCGUGCAGUGCUGGAUCGGGAUUCCAUUCUGUGUCAUGUAUCUCUUUGCUAUAAUUGGAAAUUUCCUCUUAUUAAUCAUCAUCAGAUCAGAACACAGCCUCCAUGAGCCCAUGUACAUUUUCUUGGUCAUGCUAGCAGCCACAGAUAUUGCACUUGCUAGCAGCAUUAUGCCCAAGAUGCUUGGAAUCUUUUGGUUUCAUGCACCAGAAAUCUAUUUUGAUUCAUGUUUGCUUCAAAUGUUCUUCAUCCACACAUUUCAAUGUACAGAGUCGGGCAUCCUGCUUGCCAUGGCUCUAGACCGUUAUGUGGCCAUCUGUUAUCCACUAAGACAUGCCACCAUCUUCACCCACCAACUGGUCAUCCAAGUAGGGACUGUGGCAGUCCUCAGGGCUGCCAUUCUAGUAGCCCCAAGCCUAAUCCUGAUCAAGUGUCGGCUUCAGUUUUAUCACACAAAUGUCAUCUCCCACUCUUACUGUGAGCACAUGGCCAUUGUGAAACUAGCUGCAGAAAAUACCAGGGUCAACAAAAUCUAUGGUUUGUUUGUAGCCUUCACUGUUGCAGGGUUUGACCUGAUAUUCAUCACAUUGUCAUACAUGCAGAUCUUUAUCACAGUGUUUCGUUUGCCCCAGAAGGAGGCUAGGGUUAAGGCGUUCAAUACGUGCAUUGCUCACAUUUGUGUCUUCUUGCAGUUUUACCUCCUUGCCUUCUUCUCCUUCUUCACACACAGGUUUGGUUCUCACAUCCCCCCUUAUAUCCAUAUCCUUUUUUCUAGCUUCUACUUGCUGGUUCCUCCAUUUCUCAAUCCACUUGUGUAUGGUGCAAAGACCAAGCAGAUCCGCAUUCAUGUGGCAAAAAUGUUUUGUUUAAAAAAUCUAUCUUGA